AUGAAGACAAGUUUCUGUUUCUACACGAUUGCUAACCAAUUUCAGUAUAAAGUUAGUAAGUCUUGCAAAAGAGAAUAUAUAGUCAUUUGCAUUGAUGAAGAUUGCAGGUGGACAGUGAGAGCUUCAAGAGAUGGAAAGACAAAUAUGUUUGUGAUUAGAAGAAUGAUAAACAUCCACACAUGCCCACCAAAUAUAAGAAUGGAUGACAAAAGGCAAGCAACAGCUUCAAUAAUAGGGGAACAUAUAAAAAUGAAGUUCUUGGAUAUAAAAACAAUCUAUACUCCAGCUGAUAUUAUUGCAGAUAUUCAGAGAGAUUUUGGGAUUGUUUUGAGUUACAAUAGGGCAUGGAGGUCAAAAGUAAAGGCACUAAACCAAAUUAGAGGUAGUCCGCGCGACUCGUAUUCAAUUUUGCCUGGAUAUUUGCACAUGCUUCUACAAACUAAUCCAGGGUCAGUUGUAGAUCUUCAUACAACUGAUGAAAACAAAUUUGAAUAUAUGUUUAUGGCUCUAGAUGCUUCUAUUAAAGGUUGGAGAUACUGUAGACCAAUAAUUGUAGUAGAUGGAACAUUUUUGAAGUCGAACUACGGUGGAACAUUAAUAACAGCAAGUACACAAGACGGAAAUGGUAAGAUUUUCCCCCUUGCUUUUGCAGUUGUUGAUUCCGAAAAUGAUGAUUCCUGGGAAUAUUUUUUUUUAAAAUUGAAAGAAGCAUUUGGUGGAAGAAAUGGGCUGUGUAUUAUUUCAGAUAGGCAUUUGAGUAUAUUGAAUAGGGUCAAAAAGGUUUUUCCUGAAGCAAGUCAUGCAAUAUGUAUGUACCAUUUGCUAAGUAACAUCAAAUCAAAGUUCAAACACGAUCCGGAUACAUUGAGAGACUGUUUCUAUGGAGCUGCAAGAUCAUACACAACUAAGGGAUUUGACUACUACAUGAAAGAGCUUGAUGCCAUUAAUGCCGGAAUUCGAAAGUACCUAACAGAUAUUGGGAUCGAGAAGUGGGCAAGAGCACAUUGUAAAGCUAAUAGGUACUCGACAAUGACAUCGAAUAUCGCCGAGUCUUUGAAUGCAGCAAUCAAAGCAGCUAGGGAAUUACCAAUAACAACGCUCCUUGAAAGUUUGAGGCGUUUGAUGCAAGAAUGGAGUUAUGCUAACAGAAAUAUUGCAAUUUGUACAUUUACUAAGCUGACAAACAAAGCAGAACAUGAACUCAGAAAUCACUAUGCAUCAUCUUUAAGAAUGAAGGUAAAUUUUCAAUUACAGCUUCAACAUCUAUUUCAAUUGGAUGAAAUGCCAUGUCCACAUGCUAUUGCUAUAUUAAGCAAACUACACCAAGAACCAUAUCAAUACUGCUCAGACUUUUUCACUAAAGAAAAUAUGCUUGCCACAUAUGAAGGAGUUGUCUAUCCAAUGCCUAGCCAAAAUAAUUGGGAUUUACCUGCCAAUGUUGAAAGUAUGGAAGUUCUUCCGCCAAUAGGAGCAAUUCCAGCAGGAAGACCAAAGAAAAGAAGAAUCACGGCACCAAAUGAAAUAAAGAAGACAAAUCAGUGUGGAAGAUGCAAACAAAGAGGACAUAAUAAGAAGACAUGUAAAAAUAUACCAAAAUAA